AUGAAUGGCUAUAGUCAGCGAGACGCCCAACACGCAGCUAGUAAGAUCGAGAGUAACCGAAAACGAGAACUCACAGUGGAUGAUGCGGAAACCGUCAGUGGAAGAGAAGCAGGGGAAGAAAAACAAAAUAAACGCGCCAAAUUCGACAAUGAUAUUCAGCAAGAGCUACCAGCUAUCGAACAUGACAACAAAGAAAGUAAAUCUUCAACCGAUAAAAAAUUGUUGUGUCCGAGCAAAGGAGUAGAGAUGGACAAGGGUCCAGAAACUACAAAUGAUCCCAAAGACACAAGCAAGGACGGUCACGCAAGUCUGAGGUCUCCCUUAAUUAGAAUAGAGGAUAAAGAUACUGGAAGCCAGGCAAGUGUCGAGCAGCUCUACGCUAAUGGAACUUCGGAAAUGUUCCUGUUGAAAAAGGUUGGCUCUAAGCCGCCAAUAAUGAUGAUGAAAGUUUCGUAUGUGCUAGCUCAGAUGAUUGAAAAACAGGUGUCAGCUGGGCGGGCAUAUCGGCGCGCAAAAGACGCACCAUUGCGGGAAAUGGAUGAGGCACUGAGGCAAAACAAGAUCUUUGGAGAAUAUCUUCUUGAACGCAUGCGAGGUAUGGUGAAGCUCAAGGGAGACCGAAAACCGACCCCUGAGGAGAACAAGGUCGUCCAGCGCAUGCAGCAGGAGGCGAACCAGCUAGAUAAAGCAAAAAGGACGUUCAAAGAGGAGAAAGCAAGGUUGGAACAAGUUGCCGAACUUGCUCGUCAAGCCUGGGAAGAUGCUACGUUAUCAGUGGAGGAUAUCCUCCAGGAUGUUUUUGUGCAAUGCGGACUGAUAGGCGAGCUCUUGUCUGGAAAGGACCAGCAUGAUAGCAGAGGCGCCCUUGAAGGACGACUAGAGAACAUCCGGGCCUACAUCCAAUUAGAGGAGAAGAAAGCACGUCGGGAGCUGCGUGAAGCUCAAAGACGGCACGAGCAGCAUCGCGACACCUUCCGACGAGGACUCGCGGCAUAUGUUGCUGGUGUUGUCGAUCGACCAGAUGCAUCAAAGCAUCUUUUGGAGGAAGAGUUCAGCCGUGAUCAUGUUCGGACUUGUUAUGGGCUUGCCGGACUAGUGAAACGCGCAGAAGCAACACAUGAGGCUCAGUUGGCAGCAGCAGCAGAGGCGCAUGUCUCCAUCGUCGGUUCAGAUGAUAACAUGAGUCUAAACAUGCCAUACGACCUUAAGGAGUAUGCAACAGUCAAGAUAAAGAGUCUUGAUCACAAUGCCGUAGAGGCUUGGAAAAAAGGCAUCGAUGCUAAUGCUAAGCCCAACUUGAAGCCUGCAGGAUAUGUGCUGCACAUGGCAGAAAAAUGGCAGCGGGCGCUGGACGCCGAUGACGAUGUUUCGAGCUCGGCGGACGAGUCGGUGUGGGAUGAUGGAAUUGAGAAUUGUCGAGUUCCAUCAACAGUAUACGAGUCUAUAGCACAGCCGGUGUCGCGAAAGUCGGAGAAAGCGGAGCAGUGGCCCAGCGUCAGCGAACGCGCGGUAGGGGAUAGACGGCGGCGGAUCGAGACUCGGAUGCAAGAGAUAAGACCCGUCGAACCGUGA